AUGAACGCGUGGAUGCUCAACAAGGACGUGCUAUUGGGGAUAACACUCUUCUAUAAUUUUACAAAAUUCACCUCUGUAUUUAUAUUAUAUUUUAAUAUCCCUUGGACCUAUAAACCAGAAUUAAUUAAUAUUUUAAUCGGUUGUCUUGGUUUAUUAAAUUUACAUAAAAUGACGAAACUCUGGUUGAGCUUGCUAGCAAUAAUUGUCUCAAUUAUAAUAACUGAAGCUUCGACUAAUACCGAUAAAUGUAUAUUCAACAAAUAUUGUAACAAUUGCAGUACUCAGGAAUGCUUACUAGAUAACUUAGAAUUUGAGAUAAAUAUAGUAAGAAAUCUUAAAGAAGAUGUAGACCCUUGUGAUGAUUUCUACGAAUACGCAUGCGGUAAUUUUGGUAACGUUAGUGGAUUUCGAGCACAACUUUCACCUCCUCAAAAUCUUUUCGCACCAUUGGCCGAUCAAAAGCGCCAGUUGAUAGAAUUAGUGCAGAGUAGUAAUUCGUCCAAUACAUUCAGGCCUUUCAACUUCAUAAACAAUUACAUGACUUCUUGUGAAAAUUUAAAUGAAUUCAACAAACAAUUCAAUUCCGAAAUUAGAUACAAAGAUAUUGAUGUUAUAAAAAGUGUAGUCUCCAAAUUAUACGAAUGGCCGGUCGUUGUUGGCUCUCAAUGGAAUGAAACCGAUUUUGAUUUGAUUGACAUCAAUGUCAAAGCGGAAAGCAUUGGUAUUAACAGUUUUGCUAUUUACAAACCAUUCGUAUCACUAGCAAGAGGAAAUAUAUUAAUUUACAUGAGUAUUAACGAAAUUUGCAUAACUAAUGUACUUUAUUUUAUGAAUCAGUUGAGUCCAGCGAAAUUGGAUUUCCCAAGUUUAAAUGCAACAAAUCCUUCGUAUUCGAGUUCAAUAAACUCUGAAAUCGAGUAUAUGGUCAGUGUUGCUAGACUUUUCGGAGUAAAUGAGUCACAGGCUAGAGUAGAAUUUAUAGAGUCUUUAGAAUUCGAACGGAAACUCUACGAUGCAAGCGUUAAGAAUCACUCACCUCCACUCAACAGCACAAAUAACAAUAAUGCAAUAACAAUUAAAGCAGCAAUCGAAAAGUGGCCAACUAUAAAAUGGAUGAAAAUAUUUGAGCAACACCAUUUUACCAACGAAUCAGUAGUGAUAAUAACUAACCCCGAUUACAUUACCAAAUUAGAAAGAUUAAUCAAUGAAACUCCGAAAAGAGUACAAGCUAAUUAUAUUAUAUGGAAGACAGUCGAAUACUUAGUUGAAAAGUUAGAUGAGAAAGAUUGUAUCGAUGAAUUAUUUUUAUAUUUACCCGAACUGUUGGCUUCCUAUUGGGUACGGCAUUCCGGAGUUGAAGAGCGCGUUAAAAACAGCGCUUACGAGAUAGCUUUGAAUGUAAAACAAGUUUUGAUUGAUACCGUAAACCAUACAAGUUGGCUGGAUUUUAAAGCUAAAAAUGAUAUAAUUCAGUAUUUACAGUUAGUUGAUUUUAUUUUUGGAGCGACUGGCACAAUGUUAGAUGACAAAAAAUUUGAAGAAUUCUAUCAAGGGCUUCAAAUUACCCCUGAUAAUUAUCUUAUGAAUUUUUUGAACGUCAGUGUAUUCUAUGAACGAAAGUUAGUUAGUGAAACACAAAAACCGGAAAACCAAAGGGACUCUACAUUCGCGUUUAAAUUAUUUGAGUUUCUUUCUAUCGACGGUUACAAUGAAGCAUAUUCUGGUCGAAUUGAUAUUGGAGCCCUGAAAUACUUUUAUUUCAGUACCAAUCGUCCAAACUUCAUUAAUUACGCUAAUUUUGGACAUCUUAUUGCUCAUGAACUAGGACACGUUGUUGACAAUCGUUACAAAUUGGAUAAUAAGUACUAUAUGAGAGAGAACAAUUGGGGUCAAUUGACUAAUCAAAAAUACCAGGAAGUGGAAACGUGUCUAAUUGAGCAGUUCAAUAACUAUACUUAUGCAACGACCAACGAAACACUUGAUGGUCAAUUACUUUUGGAUGAAAACAUCGCCGACAAUAUUGGCAUCAAAAUAAGUUACUCCACCUACCAAGAUUGGGUCAAGAAACACGGAAAGGAAUCAAUUUAUUCGAGCUCCAAAUUCGAUGCGAAUCAACUAUUUUGGUUAUCCCACGCUAACUUUUAUUGCGAUUAUCAAUCUAAAUUUGCCUCAACAUCCGAUAAAAGUCAUUCUCCGAAGGAUAAGCGUAUCAUAGGGUCAUUUUCGAACAGCUUAGAUUUCGCAACUGACUUUAAUUGCCCGCUGGGAUCUAAAAUGAACCCCAAUGACUUUCUCUACAUUAUAACCCCUAAAGAUCAAACGACUGUUGUAAUAAUCAGGCAACCACGUGGUGCCUGUGUAUUCUUUUUCUUUGCCCUUUUUUUGUGUGAGCUACAGACGAAACUCUGGUUGAGCUUGCUACCAAUAAUUGUCUCAAUUAUUAUAACUGAAGCUUCGAAUAAUACCAAUAAAUGUAUAUUCAAUAAAUAUUGUAACAGUUGCAGUACUCAGGAAUGCAUACAAGAUAACUUAGACUUUGAGCUAAAGAUACAGAGAAAUCUUAAACAAGAUGUCGAUCCUUGUGAUGAUUUCUACGAAUACGCAUGCGGUAAUUUUGGUAACGUUAGUGGAUCUCGAGCACGACUUUCACCUCCUCAAAAUCUUUUGGCACCAUUGGCCGAUCAAAAGCGCCAGUUGAUAGAAUUAGUGCAGAGUAGUAAUUCGUCCAAUACAUUCAGGCCUUUCAACUUCAUAAACAAUUACAUGACUUCUUGUGAAAAUUUAAAUGAAUUCAACAAACAAUUCAAUUCCGAAAUUAGAUACAAAGAUAUUGAUGUUAUAAAAAGUGUAGUCUCCAAAUUAUACGAAUGGCCGGUCGUUGUUGGCUCUCAAUGGAAUGAAACCGAUUUUGAUUUGAUUGACAUCAAUGUCAAAGCGGAAAGCAUUGGUAUUAACAGUUUUGCUAUUUACAAACCAUUCGUAUCACUAGCAAGAGGAAAUAUAUUAAUUUACAUGAGUAUUAACGAAAUUUGCAUAACUAAUGUACUUUAUUUUAUGAAUCAGUUGAGUCCAGCGAAAUUGGAUUUCCCAAGUUUAAAUGCAACAAAUCCUUCGUAUUCGAGUUCAAUAAACUCUGAAAUCGAUUAUAUGGUCAGUGUUGCUAGACUUUUCGGAGUAAAUGAGUCACAGGCUAGAGUAGAAUUUAUAGAGUCUUUAGAAUUCGAACGGAAACUCUACGAUGCAAGCGUUAAGAAUCACUCACCUCCACUCAACAGCACAAAUAACAAUAAUGCAAUAACAAUUAAAGCAGCAAUCGAAAAGUGGCCAACUAUAAAAUGGAUGAAAAUAUUUGAGCAACACCAUUUUACCAACGAAUCAGUAGUGAUAAUAACUAACCCCGAUUACAUUACCAAAUUCGAAAGAUUAAUCAAUGAAACUCCGAAAAGAGUACAAGCUAAUUAUAUUAUAUGGAAGACAGUCGAAUACUUAGUUGAAAAGUUAGAUGAGAAAGAUUGUAUCGAUGAAUUAUUUUUAUAUUUACCCGAACUGUUGGCUUCCUAUUGGGUACGGCAUUCCGGAGUUGAAGAGCGCGUUAAAAACAGCGCUUACGAGAUAGCUUUGAAUGUAAAACAAGUUUUGAUUGAUACCGUAAACCAUACAAGUUGGCUGGAUGUCGAUGCUAAAAAUGAUAUAAUUCAGUAUUUACAGUUAGUUGAUUUUAUUUUUGGAGCGACUGGCACAAUGUUAGAUGACAAAAAAUUUGAAGAAUACUAUCAAGGGCUUCAAAUCACCCCUGAUAAUUAUCUUAUGAAUUUUUUGAACGUCAGUGUAUUCUAUGACCGCAGUUUUGUUAGUGAAAUACAGAAACCAGAAAACCAAGGGGACUCUACAUUCGCGUUUAAAUUAUUUGAGUAUCUUUCUUCCGAUGGUUACAAUGAAGCAUAUUCUGGUCGAAUUGAUAUUGGAACCCUGAAAUACUUUUAUUUCAGUACCAAUCGUCCAAACUUCAUUAAUUACGCUAAUUUUGGACAUCUUAUUGCUCAUGAACUAGGACACGUUGUUGACAAUCGUUACAAAUUGGAUAAUAAGUACUAUAUGAGAGAGAACAAUUGGGGUCAAUUGACUAAUCAAAAAUACCAGGAAGUGGAAACGUGUCUAAUUGAGCAGUUCAAUAACUAUACUUAUGCAACGACCAACGAAACACUUGAUGGUCAAUUACUUUUGGAUGAAAACAUCGCCGACAAUAUUGGCAUCAAAAUAAGUUACUCCGCCUACCAAGAUUGGGUCAAGAAAAACGGAAAGGAAUCAAUUUAUUCGAGCUCCAAAUUCGAUGCGAAUCAACUAUUUUGGUUAUCCCACGCUAACUUUUAUUGCGAUUAUCAAUCUAAAUUUGCCUCAACAUCCGAUAAAAGUCAUUCUCCGAAGGAUAAGCGUAUCAUAGGGUCAUAUUCGAACAGUUUAGAUUUCGCAACUGACUUUAAAUGUCCGCUGGGAUCUAAAAUGAACCCCGUAAAAAAAUGUAACUUCUUUUAA